CCCUGACAACGUUAACAGUAGUUGGAGAUUGUGCAAGGUUUGGUCAAAAAAGGCGCGUAUUUUUUUUAAGGCUAGUAAAGGUCAUGCAUAGGCAGACCUCAAGUAUUAUGCAGAGAAGGUACGCUUGAGGAAACGGAGCGUAUUCGGAUUACAGACGCUUUUUUUGGAUUUUAAUUUUCUCUGUAUUCUGGAGAUGUCGUGUAGGAGGGGAGCCUUUAUUGUGUUAGAAGGGGUUGAUCGCGCUGGGAAGACUACACAAUGCAAGAAGCUGGUUCAGGCGCUACAGGAGAGUGGCCAUCGGGCUGAAAUUAUGAGAUUCCCCGACAGGACGACAAAGAUAGGCCAGUUAAUCAGCGCCUAUCUGGAGAAGAAGAGUGACCUGGAGGACCACACUGUGCACCUGCUCUUCUCUGCCAAUCGCUGGGAGCUUGUACCUGCGAUGAGGCAGAAGCUGGAGCAGGGCGUGAGUCUGGUGGUGGACAGAUACGCUUUCUCCGGAGUGGCGUUCACCAGCGCCAAGCCGGGCUUCUGUCUGGACUGGUGUAAGAAGCCCGACGUGGGGCUGCCCAAACCAGACCUGGUGCUGUUCCUCCAGCUGAGUCCCGAAGAGGCCGCGCGCCGGGGGGAGUAUGGCGCCGAGCGUUACGAGAGCAGCGACUUCCAGAGGAACGUGCAGCAGCGAUUCCAGCAGCUUAUGAAGGACCCCUCCCUGAACUGGAAGGUGAUUGAUGCAGCCCAGAGCAUAGAGGACCUGCAUACAGAGAUCAAGACUCACAGUGAGGCUGCCAUCAAAGCUGCUACCAACCAGCCAAUCACAGAGCUCUGGAAGUGAGUCUCAAUCCCAGAACAGUGCAUCACACUAGCAUUCUGGGAUGUGCAGCUCCAUUGCUGGGAGACCACCGUCACUAUAGGUUUUUAUUCCACCCCAACUCAUUAUCUAGUUGAUCUAAUUGACUAACUGGAUCUGUUUAACACCUAUCCUCAGUUAUUCACAUACUGGAAGUAGAUGUAUAGGACGUACUGGGUCUCAGACACCCAGGGUGUUAGCUGUGCAUGCUUGGUAGCGUAAGUGUAACUGUAGGGAGUUUGCAAAAAAACAAAUAUUGAAGAGUUUUGAGAAGACACCCCCUGCUUUGUUAAUCAAUAUCAGUGUGUUGUGUUGUUUUUGUGUUAUGGAAGGAAAUCUGUGAUGUUUUUCAUCAACUUAAAGGAUGCUUUGCAAGCACAUUUUUCUAUGCUUGUAUAUUCCAUUAGGUCAAACUCCAUUGGUGUUAGUGAUAAUCUUGUCCAAAUAUUACUGCAGAAUGUACUAUGUAAAAGGUGCUUGAAGUCUAAACAGAUUGCAAGAUGAAGCUGAGUUAACCAGUUGCUGCUAGAAAGGAUUGAGUGCUGACUUGAACACCUUUCCUUUUUUAAUGAGCUUCAUACAAUUCUGGGACCUGUUUGUUGAAAAUAAAUUUACAAAACUUAUGCAUACGAUCCAUAUCUCUGAUCUGCUAAGUCACCAGAAGUUAAUGCGUGUAUAUGUGAGACGUUUUUCCAUUGUGGGGGAGCAGUAACAACCAAAACUGACCAGGACUGGGGAGAAGUAAAAUAACUAUCUCGCACA